AUGGCGGGCGUAAAGCGUGUCCUUGUCAUUGCGGGCUCAGACAGCUCUGGAGGAGCAGGUCUGGAGGCGGACCAGCGAGUGCUUACGGCCCACGGAUGCUAUACACUCACUGCAACGACCGCAUUGACUGCGCAGAAUACGCUAGGCGUGCAAGAUAUACAUGUUGUGCCGACAGAAUUUGUGAGGAAGCAGAUCAGGGCGGGCUUAGACGAUGUUGGUGCAGAUGGUGUGAAGAUAGGGAUGCUGGCAUCGACGGAAACGGCCGUGAUGGUGGCAGAGGAAUUGAAGGCGCAUAAAGUGUCCUUCGUCAUAUUGGACCCCGUCAUGAUAUCUACCAGUGGAUCACAACUACUGCCUCCAGAUGCAGUGAAAGCAGUACGGGAGAACCUGCUGCCAAUAACCACCGUUCUUACGCCGAACAUCCCAGAAGCAAUUCUUCUACUUCGUGACUCAGGCGCAGAUAUCAAAGAGCCUGAGAACAUAGAGGAUUCAAUUGCUCUUGCAAAAAAAGUCCAUCAACUCGGUCCAAAGUAUAUAUUGCUAAAGGGCGGCCAUCUUCCCUUGAAUGCCCAGUGCCAGAAACCUGCCGUGGAUUCAGAUUCAGCUAUUGUCGUUGACAUUUUGUAUGACGGCGUGACAGUGACGCUGAUCGAGGCUAAGUUUUCUAGAUCAAAAAACACGCAUGGUACCGGGUGUUCUCUUGCAUCGGCAAUUGCAGCAAACCUUGCUAGUGAUAUGGGAAUCACUCGAGCAGUGCGCGAGGCCUGUCGGUACGUUGAGGCUGGGAUAAACACAAGCACCGAUUUGGGGAAAGGAAAUGGACCGAUCAACCAUUUCCACUCCCUCUACUCAUUACCAUACGCGCCGGGACACUUUAUAGAUUAUGUGCUUGAGCGACCUGACGUUCAACCGGUGUGGAAGGCCUUUACGGAACAUGACUUCGUGCAGAAGCUUUCAACGGGGGAACUGCCAGUCGAGAAUUUCAAGUGGUAUCUUGUUCAAGACUAUCUAUAUCUAGUACACUUCGCGAGAAGCAAUGCACUGGCUGCAUAUAAAAACCAUAAUAUGGAAGAUAUCGCCAUGUCUGCGAAAAUCGUCCUCCAUAUCCAGCAUGAAAUGCGGCUGCAUCUAGACUACUGUUCCUCAUUUGGCUUAUCGAAAGAGGAUGUUGAAAGUUCCAAGGAAAGCCUAACCUGCACCGCAUACAGCCGAUAUAUUCUCGACAUCGGCCAGUCAGGCGACUGGCUCGCUCUCCAAUUCGCACUGGCUCCAUGUCUCCUUGGAUACGGAGCUAUAGCCCAACGGCUCUUCCAUGCCAGAGAAAGUGUCAGAGAGGGCAAUAAUUAUUGGAAGUGGGUUGAAAAUUAUGUCGCAGAGGAUUAUUCUGACGCCGUUAAAUUGGGUUUGGCCAUGCUCGAGAAGCACUCGAGAAACAUCUCGCCUUCCCGGGUAGAAGAACUGAUCCAGAUAUUUAUUCGGGCAACGGAACUGGAGAUCGGGUUCUGGGACAUGGGUCUAAAGGGAGAAUAA